AUGGCGGAGGACGCGGAAGUGUUCUCUGUCUGCACGGACGUCCUCGGGGGCUUGGGCCUGGACGAAGACAGCAUCGCCUACGUCGCGCGAUGCGCCCUAGACGAGGGCGAGCUGCUGCCGCACGACGACUUCGUCGAGUUCGCCAGCUCGAUGGUGGAGGACGUGUGCGGCGGCGACGAGGCCAAGGCGUCAGCGCUCGCCUCCAGGCUCCACGGCGCCCUCGCCGGGAGGUGCGGCGGCGGGGCCGCCCCUUCGCGGGCGCCGGGGGCCAGCGGCACCAGGCAGCUGGAGAAGCCGAUUGACAUGGGGAGCAUGAUGAAGGUGGACGUGGAUGCCGGGUGGGGCCUCGACGGCUGCGGGGCGAAGGGCGUGCGCGGCUACGUCCCACAGGAGGCGCUGAAGUCGGGCACCGGGGCGAGCGCGGCGGCCGCCAAGGCGGAUAGGAAUCAGAGGGAGGCGAAGGCGCAGAGCAUAAAGCGGUCCGAGAGGGCCAGGGCCGAGGCCGCGGAGCUGGACGCCGAGCUGGACGCGGCCGCCGAGAACUCGAUCGCGUCGAUGGGCUCGAAGGGCCUCAACUUCACCUCCGCCGUCAGGGUGGGGCCCUUCGACCUCCCACACCCUGGCGGUCGCGGGAACCUCGUGGACAAUGCCUCUUUCACGCUCACCCCUGGCCGGCGCUACGCCCUCAUCGGGCGCAACGGCAUGGGUAAGUCCACGCUGCUGCGCAACCUCGCCGCACGCCGCUGCGGGGACCUGCCCAGCGGCCUCAGGACGCACUACGUGUCCCAGGACGUCCGGCUCGCGGACGGCGCGGAGGACCACACGCCCGCCCAGGUCGUCGUCGCCGCGGACGUCCAGCGACGGGUGCUCCUUGAGGAGGCGGAGGUGCUCGCGGGGUGCACCAGCGCCGCGGAGAACGAGCGCCAUCGGGAAAUCCUCAGCCAGCUCGAGUCCAUCGACGCCGCCGGCGCAGCGGCGCGCGCGAGGAAGAUGCUGGUGGACCUCGGCUUCACCGACGAGCUGCUUGGCCGGACGAUGAAGGCGCUCAGCGGCGGCUGGCGCGUGCGGGUUGCCUUGGCGGCGGCGCUGUUCGCGAAGCCCGACAUCCUCUUCUUGGACGAGCCGACGAACCACCUCAGCAUGCAGGCGGUUUUGUGGUUAGCGCACGAGAUCGGCACCAGCAAAACUUGGGCCGAGCGCAUCGUCAUCGUGGUCUCGCAUGACCGCUUCUUCAUCGACGAGACCUGCACGGACACCCUGCACAUUUCCGGCGUCGGGAAGCGCCUCACGCAGUCCAAGGGGAACCUCACCUCCUGGGCCCGCACGCGGGCGGACCAGCAGCGGGCAUUCGCCAGCAACACAAAGGUCCGCAACGACGCGAUCGCGAAGUGCAGGGCCUACAUCGCGUCUGGCCAGGCAGCGGCCGGCAACACCGCCAGCUCGGGCCGCAGGACCCAGAUCGAGAAGCUGGAGCGGGAGGCGGAGGAGGAGGCGGAGGAGCUGAAGGCGCUCCUGGAGGACAAGGACCUCCCGCUCGAGCUCCGCUCCACGGCGAGCUCGACGAGGCGGCGGUGCAGCUGA